AUGUCGGAAUUAUUUUCCGACUGGCUCAAUUUGCAUCCAAGCGAGGCCACGGGUGGCAUAAAAGACGUUGUUCCAGCUCUGGUUCCGACCCAAAGCCCAGCAAUCAAGCAUGUGGGAUCAUUCGAACAACACGGCGACGAAAUCGGGAACCCGAGUCGAGAACUGAUUAUAGUUUUCCUGCUGGGCCCCGAUUCUCCAAAGUCGCCGGGUUUCGUAUACCUUCAGAAGCCGGACACUGGACCUGUGACCGGAUCGAGGAAAGGUUUGGAGCCGUUACAUAAAUCGAAGACUGCGCACAUACGAAAGGUUUUCAAUCAAAUCGCCAAAGGCAAAAUGGGAGCAACUUCGCGCUAUCCGGCUGACGACACUUUCUGCGACGUCAUCAAGUCUGGCCACGUGAAAAUCAAGAGCCGCAAACUUGGGAUGUGGCAGAGAAGGUGGAUUGUGUUGCGUCGAGCGACGAGCGAAGGAUCUACUCGCAUCGAUAAAUACCCCGAUCGAUUUCAGCACAAAGAUGCUGCCACUUCUACCCCGGACAAGAGACUCAAUAUUUUGCCCAAGUCAACCCUGGAGUUGAAGGAUGUUUCCCGAGUUAGCAGGUUGCCGCUGGAAUUUUGCCCGGCCGGGUUCUGCGUGGAAUUCAAAGACGGCAACAGCCGCACAAUCGCCUGCGACACUGAAAAAGAAGCUGACGAAUGGAUCGAUCACAUCAUUCGUCUUUGCCUCACCCCGACACAAACUGGAAUGCGAAACAACCGCCUUUUUGCGUCUAUUCCAGCUCAAUUUGACGUCCCAGCGGGUCUGAAAGAAAAGUUGAUUUCAACCCUCGUCAGGGAUUUUUAUCACUUCUCUCUUUCGGAGGUGCAGCUGCUGCUGCUGAUGAAAAUAAAUAAAUCCAUGGGCAGCGUAUUCUGCCACUAUUCACCUCUCCAAAACAACGUUCACGCCCCGGAUCGCAUUUACUUGUGGGACAUCGACGCUCCUCAGCUCAAGUUGCUCGAGUGGCCGAUUUUGUCAAUUCAACGCUUCGGUCGGGACUCGAAACACUUUUCCAUCGACGUGGGAGGGAAUUGCUUCACGGGUUCUGGAGUGUUCGUGUUCCGAUCGAGAAGCGUGGACGAGAUCCAGAAGCUGGUUCGUGGCGCCACUGCGAUUCAGGCGAAGGAGCAGAAUGAGAAGCACCACAAGGCCAGGAUGUUGCACCAGCAGCAGUGUUUCGUGGACGGCAAUUAUUACAGCUCCAAGGCGAAAUUGCAACUCACCAAGUCGUUUCCCGAGUCCGACACCCCGAGCGACGGGUUCGUCGUCGUCACCUCCGCCAUCCGACGCAUUCAAACCCACGCUCCUUCCGCUUUAACGUUGAGUGGUUCAGCAAAGGGCUCAGGCUGUGGGGCUCGCUGCCCAAGCAGCAGCAGUGGAGGCGGUAGGCUGCGAGCUUUGAUCCCCGGCGAAGUUUACGACGAAGCCGAGUUGCUCAUGUUGCUGGACGACGACUCUGGAAUCGACAUAACAACUCCGUGCAACAUCAUUGUCAGUCAUUAAAAAUUCGUAUAAACUUGCUGAUCAUGCUUCAAAAAAAAAGGAAUGGGGUAAAAGGAACGAAACUCGACGGAGCAUCGAGGAAGAAUCAAACACAAAAAGCAACAACAAAAACGCAUCGGAGGAAGAGUUGAAUUAUAAGGAUUUGAGAGACAAAAUCAAAGACAACUGAGAACGCCUUGCAUUUUUCAUUUUCUAAAGUAGAACUUUUUUUCUCUCGUUCAUGUGCUGUCAAUUUUUUUGCAUCAGUUGCGAGGACUUCUUGAUCAACAAGAUUUUUUUUUUUUCAAGGAUUUUUGCGUUGGAUUUUCAGUUCUGUUCACAUAUACAUGACGUUUUGUAUUAUAAGACUGCAGGGGCAAAAGACAUUUCAUGUCGGCUAUAAAAUGUCCCAGGCAUUGCGUCCAAAUGAUCCAGAAUCC